AGCACUCUAAAUUAGAUUAAAAAAACGGUUCAUACUUAGUUUAAUUUAGUUAUUAACACCCCACUAUGAUAGUAGUAUAAAAUGCGCAAAUUGGAAAAAUAGAAAUAUAGAACUAUAUAAGAGAGGCCACCACAAACACAAAACUGAAAACAAGUUCGGGGGAAAACGAGAGACAGAAGUACACACAACAACACUUAAGGUUUUAAUCUAUACAUUUUGUCUUAAAUCAUCGUCUUCAAAUGGCCAACAAAGCUCUCUUCCAUCUCCUGGUGAUCUUCUUCUUGUCUCUAUCUCACAUCUUCAUCUUGCCUUCCCAUGCUUCAAGACCUUGGAGUUUUAUGGAAAAACCCACUCAUCAUAUUGAUCUCCCUCAACAUGAUGUGAACGUGAAGGAGGAGGUAGAAGAAAGGAUGGUGAUGGAGUUAAAUGAUUAUCCAGGUUCCGGUGCCAACAACCGCCACUUGCCGCGUCAGCGAGGCUGUGUCAUCGAUUGCUGAUAAAUGAAGAAAAAUCAAUUAAUAUAAUUAUAGUAUCGAUAAGGUUACUAUUAUGUAUAAGUAAAACUUAACAUAUUUACCCAAAAAAAAAAGGGACUAUGAAUUGAGUUAGUUAACAUUGGAGUCUAUAUAUAGACGAUUAGACAUUUUACUCUAGGGAUAAAAGCAUAGUUUUUAUGUAGUCCAGUUGUUAAAUCCAGUUAUACACUACUGUUAAUAAACUACAUAUAUGUGGAUGAUAUAUAUGUACAAGCCUUUAAUUUCAAUUUGGUGAUAAUUACGAUAUAAUUGAAUUAUUUA